AGAUUUACCAAAUUAUCAACAUAUUCACCGAUAAAGAGAUUUAGGGUUUUCAAGUAUUCUUCUUUUACAUAUCAGAGAAAGGAAAUCAAGUCUUUCUCUACAGACGAUUACAAGCAGCGAAGCAAAGCGAGAAGGGCUUGUAACGUUUCUCUCUCUUGCAAAAUGUUGAUUCCGAAGAAGAACCGAAAUGAGGUCUACAAAUACCUCUUUAAAGAGGGUGUGCUUUAUGCAAAGAAGGACUAUAAUUUGGCCAAGCAUCCUGAAAUUGAUGUACCCAAUCUCCAGGUAAUUAAAUUGAUGCAAAGCUUCAAGUCUAAAGAGUAUGUGAGGGAGUCGUUUGCGUGGAUGUAUUACUAUUGGUACCUCACAAAUGAUGGCAUUGAGUACCUUCGUACAUACUUGAACCUGCCAUCAGAAAUUGUUCCUGCAACACUGAAGAAAUCUGCCAAGCCUUUGGGAAGGCCCAUGGGCGGCCCUCCUGGUGGUGACAGGCCUAGAGGGCCACCUCGAUUUGAGGGUGAUCGACCAAGAUUUGGUGAUCGGGAGGGAUACCGUGGUGGUCCUCCACGUGGAGGUCCAGGAGAAUUUGGUGAGAAGGGUGGAGCUCCCGCUGAAUAUCAGCCUCAAUUUCGGGCACCUGGUGCAAGACCAGGCUUUGGCCGUGGAGGAGGUGGAUUUGGUGGAGGUGGAAGUGGAAGUUAUGGGGCUGCUCCUGGAUCCUCAGGAUUUCAAGAGUAAGAAUGGUGGAAUGUUUACUAAUAUAGAGGGGUGUCUGUUUUCACCCCUUUUCCCUAUUUGCGAAGCAUGAGUGUGCUAUAUCCUUGACAAAUGAGAUGAGUCCUGAGUAAUGUAGCAAACAAAAAGAUUUCUUGGAUAAUAGUCUGAUUUUGUAUGAGACUACAAUUAGUUGUUUUGUUUUUGACCUUCUCAAAGGUAGCAAAUCAUUUUCAAAAUUUAUAAUUGUUUUUGAACUUCCA